ACCACAACAGCCUUUGGACAUCCGCUUGCAGCGACGAACAGCAGCUACGACUCUGCACAUUUCUCCCAUUGACGUAGAGGACAGACGUUUUCCUGAGAGCACAUCCUGCGGUGUAAUAACUCCCGACUGGGCGCGUUUGUUUUCACUUUAGUGCGCCGUGUUGUGUUUUGUUGUGAUCCGGAGUCUCACAGUCGACUUCAGGUGCUGUUUUGGUGAGUGAAUCUGCAGCUUUUUUCAAUAACACUUUUACGCACUGUGUGUUGACGCGCCCUUUACGGGAGAAAAGAGCGAAGAAGUAAGAUAAGCAUCACAGCACCAGGUUGAAGAAAUCAUAGAUGCUUCCCUGUCUUGUGUGAGACAACAAAUGACAAAGAACCUCUGAAAUAUUUACUUACAAACCCAUGAACCCUGUGAAAUCUGGACCAAGAAGGAUUUAAUGAUCAUGGCUUGACUUGGGAACUGUCUGAUCCUAACACAAAUGCUGUCAGUCAUGCUGGUGCCUGAUUAUGUGGAUCUGGGAGCAUUGUGUGGUUCAAGUUUGUUCCCCCUCCAUAUCUGUGCAGAGAAACAUGACUUUAAGUUAUUUUGUGCUUCAACUGGCUUUCUCUCUGGGCAUUUCACUCUGCCUGCUGGCUAUGGCUGGGACAACCAGUGGAGAGCCGCGUUAUGCUGUUCAAACCUUUAAAUUAAUGGGAAAUGUCUACUGAUUGAAUCAAUAUUUCUGUUAAUAUAUAUAUAUAUAUAUAUAUUUUUCUUUGCUUUUAAAAUGGAGAAUCAAAGGACAUCUGCUGACUUAAGCCUUCACAUCUAUGAGUUAAAGACCAAAUGAAUUCCUUAUGCUGAAAGUGAAAUAAGAGUUUAAGGACAGAUUAGACUGUAGAUGACUAUAUGAGUCUGUCUCCACUGAAAAACAUAACCUGGAAUGACCCCUUCACUCUCUUCAGUAUGAAUUGCCCAGUCAGGAAGAAACGUCCCACACGUGACUCUGAUUUCUCUGCCAUUGUGGUUCCCUCGAUGCACGGGUCUGGCUAUCUUGACUACACCGUCGAGAAUCACGCCUCCAGAUCGCUGAUGGUCAUGGAUGAGUUGAGACGACAGGAGAUGUUAUGUGACUUGGUAUUACGAGUCACGUACAAGGAAAGGAUUAUGGACUUCAAGGUGCACAAGGUGGUCCUGGCCUCCUGCAGCCCGUACUUCAGGGCCAUGUUCACCAGAGGCUUCAAAGAGUGCAGCGCCUCAGAGGUGACCCUGCGCGAUGUGUGCCCUGAGGUGGUGGGUCGACUGAUCGACUUCGCCUACACCUCCCGCAUCACAGUGGGAGAGAAGUGUGUGUUGCAUGUUCUUUUGGCUGCUAUGAGGUAUCACAUGGAGGACGUAGCCAAGGCAUGCUGUGAUUUCCUCACUAAGCACCUGGAGCCGGCUAAUGUCAUCGGCAUCGCCCGCUUCGCAGAAGAGAUCGGUUGCACAGAACUGCACCACCGGUGCCGAGAGUACAUCAAUACACACUUCAGUGAGGUGACCAAGGUGGAAGAGUUCUUCAGCUUGUCUCACUGCCAGCUGCUGGAGCUCAUCAGUCAGGACAGUCUCAAGGUGCUCUGUGAGUCUGAAGUGUAUAAGGCUUGUACAGACUGGGUGCGCUGGGACACAGAGGGCAGAGCCCAGUAUCUACAUGCGCUGCUGAAUGCAGUCCAUAUUUAUGCUCUGCCUCCAAAGUUCCUGAAGAACCAGCUCCUGUCUUGCCCCAUCCUCAGCAAGGCCAACUCCUGUAAGGACUUCCUGUCUAAAAUCUUCCAGGACAUGACACUGAGGAAGCUUCCUCCUGCACCGAUCCGCGGUACCCAGCUCAUUUACGUGGCCGGCGGAUACCGACAACAUUCACUGGCCUCCAUGGAGGCUUAUGAUCCCCAGAGGAACAUCUGGCUAAAACUGGCUGAUAUGGGGACUCCGUGCAGCGGUCUGGGAGCCUGUGCGCUGUUUGGACUCAUCUACACUGUAGGAGGAAGGAACCUGUCGCUUCAAAAUAACACUGAAUCCAGCGCGUUGUGCUGCUACAACCCAAUGACCAACCAAUGGAGCCAGCAAGCCUCCCUCAACAUCCCGCGGAACAGGGUCGGGGUGGCCGUGGUGGAUGGCUGCAUCUACGCUGUGGGGGGCUCCCAGGGCUCCAUACAUCACAGCACAGUGGAAAGGUGGGAUCCAGAGUCUAAUCGCUGGUCCUUUGUUUGUCCGAUGACGGUGGCUCGCCUGGGAGCCGGGGUGGCAGCAUGUGGUGGGGCGUUGUAUGUGGUGGGGGGCUAUGAUGGAGAGAACCGCUGGAACACAGCUGAGAAAUACCAACCCGACACAAACACCUGGCAUCAUUUGGCUCCCAUGAACACUGUACGCAGCGGACUAGGACUGGUGUGUGUGAACUCUUUUCUGUACGCUGUAGGAGGUUAUGAUGGGCAGAACCAGCUAUGCACGAUGGAAAUGUACAAUACAGUCAGGAACAUCUGGGUGCCCAGGGCAUCCAUGCAGCACUGCCGCAGCGCACACGGAGUUACGGUCCACCAGGGAAGCAUCUUUGUCAUCGGAGGUUUUAACCAGCAUGGCUUUCUGUCCAGCAUUGAGUACUACUGUCCGGAGAGGAAUGAAUGGACGUGUGUCACCAACAUGCCUGUUGGACGCAGCGGCAUGGGCGUUGCCGUAACCAUGGAGCCAUGCCCCGGCAGCCUGCCGGAACAAGAGGAAGAGGAUGAAGAUGGAGGCAUAGGAUGAAAAAAAAAAAUGAUGAAGGCUCAAAUGUUAAAUACAAGCAGUGCUACUUUUUAAAAUAGACUUAAAUUGUAUGCUGGUAUUAUGUUUAAGUGCACUUGGUCUGUUUUUACCUUUUUUGUCAACACAAUGGUGCCAAAACUGCCUGACUAAAUUUCAUAUGGAUUCAGAUCACCCUCCUAAAAAGUGCAAGAUUUGUACUUGACAUUCCCAUCCUCUGAUGAAUAAUUCCUCAGCUGCCUUCAAUUCUCUUCUAUCGUUAAAAAAUUUCACCAAGUGGA